AGUUCAUCAUAGAAGACAUGAAGCAGCAGCAAACCAACAAACACAGCAACCUGCACCGAGAAGACCAGCACAUCACGGUGGAGGAGCUGUGGAGGGGCUGGAAGAGCUCUGAAGUCCAUAACUGGACCAUGGACGACGCGGUGCAGUGGCUCCGGGAGUCGGUGGAGCUGCCGCAGUACGAGAAAAACUUCAGAGACUUCCGGGUGACGGGGAACACUUUGCCUCGAAUAGCGGCGAACGAGCCGUCGUUCAUGUCGAUGCAGCUGAAGAUAUUAGACCAGCGGCACAAGCAGAAGCUGAACCUGAAGGCGCUGGAUGCCGUGCUCUUCGGCCCCCCCCUCCGUCCACAGCACAACUGGAUGAAAGACUUCAUCCUGAUGGUCUCCAUAGUGAUCGGCGUCGGGGGCUGCUGGUUCGCCUACAUGCAGAACAAGUCCAGCCGGGUGCACAUCUCCCAGAUGAUGCGAGACCUGGAGAGCCUGCAGAACGCCGAGCAGAGCCUGAUGGACCUGCAGGGCCGGCUGGAGAAGGCGCAGGAGGAGAACCGCACGGUUGCCGUGGAGAAGGAAAACCUGGAGCAGAAGAUGAGGGACGAGAUAAACGGGGCCAAAAAGGAGGCCCACCGGCUCCGGGAGCUGCGGGAGGGCGCAGAGUGCGAGCUGAGCCGGCUGAAAUACGCCGAGGAGGAGCUGGUGCAGGUGCGGAAGGCCCUGAAGCGGGCGGAGAAGGAGAUCCAGUCGGAGCGCUCGGUGCCGGAGGCGCUGCAGAUGUGGCUGCAGCUCACGCACGAGGUGGAGGUCCAGUACUACAACAUCAAGAAGCAGAGCGCCGAGUUUCAGCUGUGCGUCGCCAAAGACGAGGCAGAGAAGAUCAAAAAGAAGAGGGGCUCCGUGUUCGGGACCCUUCACGUGGCCCACAGUUCGUCCCUGGACGAGGUUGACCACAAGAUUCUGGAAGCAAAGAAGUCUCUGUCUGAGGUGACGGCAUGCCUGAGGGAGCGGCUCCACCGCUGGCAGCAGAUCGAGAAGCUGUGCGGCUUCCCCGUGGUGAACAACUCGGGCCUGCCCAGCCUGACGGCCAGCCUGUACUCCGACCACAGCUGGGUGGUCAUGCCCCGCGUCUCCGUGCCGCCCAGCCUGUGCCGCUCCCGCCGGAGCCUGCUGAGCUCCCAACAGUCCUCGCUCAUGUCCCCGGACCCGGACCUGCUGUCCAUGGCCGGCUCCUCCCUCUCCUACCGCUCUGAGGUGGACGACGAGCACCUGGCCUACGGCUCCGACCGGAGGGGGUACGUAGCUGGGGGAAAAAACGGGCUCCGAAAAACACCGAGCCUCUACAACGGGCUCCUGGAGAAGAGCUACAGCUACGGCCAGCUGCCCGCCGCCAUGCUGCCCGCCGCCGGGCGCCAGCCCUCCCUCAGCUCGCUGGACUCGGAGGGGCGGAGCCUGGGGAGGGAGCACAAGCUGCAGAGCACCUCCUCCCAGGACUCCAGCGACAACGGGGAGAGAACCAAGCGCUCCUCCUCCAAAAUCAAGAACUUGUUCAAGAAGAAGAAGUAG